AUGUGGACGUCUUUCCUCCCGCUUGCGCUUCUGGCGCCGUUCGCCGAUGCUCUCCUGCGUUUCCCCUGCUCUCAGCUCGUCACUCAGCGUUUCGACCCACUGGUGACGCCCGGCCAGGUUUCUCCUCAUAUUCACCAGAUCAUUGGAGGGAUCAUGGCUAAUCCACACCUACGUUCGGCCACGAUAGAAUGCGUAGGAGCUUUCUACUUUAUUGCAAGAAGCCAGUUAUUCACGCUGUGGCAUAGGUUCAACCUGAGCAUGGACCCCAGUCUUGAUCUCUCGAGUCUCGCGACGUGCACCACCUGCCGAUUCAAAGAGGACAAUUCCAACUAUUGGACCGCCGUGAUGUUCUUCAAGCAUCCCAACGGAAGCUACAUUCGCGUCCCACAAAUUGCUAAUGCCGCUACGGGAGCUCCGAAUGGGGGCAUGACCGUGUACUACAUCCAGCCUCAGAGCGGAGAGAGGGUUACUGCCUUCAGAAAGGGAUUCCGGAUGAUCGUCGGCAACCCAAUGCUCCGUACCAGGACCGUCGACCCCAACAGUGCACAAGGCCGUGCGCUCACCUUCCGCUGCUGGGGUGCACAGGGUGCGAACGACCCUCAAGCACAGUCUGCCCCUGGUACGGGGCCUUUGGACACCAUCGAGCUCCCUAAUAGGGCGUGUGCGGGUGGAAUUCGGAGCAACACGUUCUUCCCUUCCUGCUGGGACGGGGUGAACCUGGAUACGCCUGACCACAGCAGCCAUGUCGCCUAUCCCCUUGGAACGGUUCCAGCUGCAGGUCUCUUCUUCAAUCCGGGAGCAUGUCCGUCUACGCACCCUGUCAGGCUUCCUCUUCUCUUCAUGGAGACCGUCUGGGACACACGGCCGUUCAACAGCAUGUGGCCCACCGAUGGCAGCCAGCCUUUCGUAUUUAGCAUGGGUGACCCGACCGGAUACGGACAUCAUGGCGACUACGUUUUCGGAUGGGAAGGCGACUCCCUUCAGCGCGCGAUGGAUACUUGCACUGACAUCGGGGGUAACCCGCCGAGCUGCCGCGCUCUGACUGUGCUCUCCGACGCCGACAUCAACCGCUGCACGCAGAGCGUCCAGGUUAACGAGAGGACGACCGGAUACCUUCCUGCUCUUCCGGGAUGCAACCCCAUCCAGCCAGGACCGGCGCAAGCUACGAUGCCCGCAAGCUGCGACGCUGUUUCGACCACAGGCGGCAUUGGCGGAUCAGUUCCGACGCCGCCUCCCGCGCCUGGUACAACCCAGGUGCCUCCUGCUCCAGGGACUACGCUAGCACCGCCACCACCGCCCCCUGCACCAACCCAACCACCUGCACCUCAGGCGCCUGCUGUGCCCAAGUGGGGUCAGUGCGGAGGCAUUGGGUGGACUGGAGGAACGACUUGCGUCGCUGGAAGCACUUGUCAGAGGCAGAACGAUUGGUAA